AUGGCGGCGGUGUCCUCGGCCGCAGCGCUGCGUGGGGCGGAUUAUGAGAACGGGCUGCGGAGUGGGGCUGGAUCGGGCGGAGUGGGGCCGGAGCCGGGGGAGGACGAUCCCAUGGGCCGCGGAGGGCUCGAUCUGGACCUGGAGUUACUGAGUCCCGGCCGGAGGAACCGGCGGACCGCGGGCAGGGGAGCCUCGGCCAGGAGAUCGGGCGGGCGCGGGGCCGCGGCUGGGGCGGCCGGCCUGGAGGAGCUGGAGGAAGAGGAGCUCGAGGAAGAGGAGCCCGGGGAGCUGAGCGGAGACCAGACCAUCGAGGACCCGGUAAGGGCGGGCGGAUAGGGGGCCGGGGGGGGACAGCCUGCAGCCGCCGUGUGCUCGGUGCCGCUCGGUGUGCGGAGCCGCCCGGUGCCGGUAUCGGUGCUGGCCGAGCUGAGCUCCCCCCACCCCCCCCCCCAAACCCAAUGCUGGGCUGCCGCUUUAAACAUGGCCGCCAUUUCCUAUUGUUAGCGGGAGGGCGGCAGCGCUGCCCUGUAACCAGCCCAUACACACCGCCGGCACCGGGACUGUGAGUGCGGGGCUAGCACUGUCCGCCGGGACUGUCUCUCUAUGGAUAGCCGAGUAGGACAGACUGUAAUCCCUGUAACGGAGUAGGCUUGGCAUACCGGAGUGAGCUAUUGUCUGCUAUAGUUAUUACACGGCUCUAAAUCUCAUCAUAUAUGGCCGUAAACCAUUAUUUCUAAGCUGCCAGCUAGCACUGACUGUUCACUGCAUGGUUGCUAUUGUGGUUAUAGUGAUUGAUUGAAAUAUCUUUAAUUGGGUAUAGCUGGAAAGGUGGGGGUUUGUUGGUAGCUUUCAUUGAAUAUUUGAUUUUGUCCUAAUGCAGGAACUUGAGGCCAUCAAGGCUCGUGUUCGUGAAAUGGAGGAAGAGGCAGAAAAAUUAAAGGAAUUGCAGAAUGAAGUUGAGAAACAAAUGAAUAUGAGCCCUCCACCUGGCAAUGGUAAGUAUCAAUUGUCACAUUUUUGUUUUGUAAAAUGUUGACUGACAUUUACACUUUAAAAUAUUACAUAGUCUGGAAAGACUACCAGAAUAAGAGAGAAUCUGUUAACGAAUUGAGGACCAGUAACAGUGUAUGUAGUUAUAACUGUUUGACCACCUCAUUCCAAAAUGGAAUCACCUACUCAGUUGUUUGCCAUAGACCUGCAUAGAGUUGCCCAAUCAAGUGUAAUGUUCCACUAUGGAAUAGGGUAUAAAGGUACAAGAUUGUGGUAUUUGCAUAGUGUAGCAUUUGAUCCUUAAGGGGUUAAUAUAAGCUUAUAUACUAUAUGGAAAGUAUAACUCCACUCAUCAAAACAUUGCACCCCACUGUGUUGGUUUUGAUGGUAGGAGUACCCUUGGUCUGUCCCUGAUAAUGGGAGAAACCAUUUUGCAAUAUUUUGCCUUCUUACUUGGGUCCCUGGCUGGCUCUGUGUUCCUAUGGCUAACAUCCAGUUUCUGCAGAAGAUGGACAUCUCUUCCAGCAGCCAUCCCACGAAUGAAGUUCUGUGCAUGGAAUUCCAGACUCUUAUUCCACACUGUUUGAGGAUGCCCCAGUGAUGCUGCUGGAGGUGGCCCUAUGGCUUUUAGCAGAUGGGUUAAACUCUCUGUGCAGCAUUUAAAUGCCAAAUGCUGCCCAUACACCUCAUGUCCCAUGAACACAUCAAAUCAUUGAAGUGGUGGUCACUGUUUGUAGUAACACUUUAACAUUCACCUUUAGUGUUACUUUAGAUUACUGUUGCCCUCUUUGUCAAAAUAAGGUUUAAAAAAAACCUGUAAGAACUCUUUAUUGCAGUGCCAGAGCAAUCUCCUUGUGAUAGUCUCUUAUACAGUGAAUCAGAUACUUGACAUACAAACACUGAGAACACAGCCUUUUGUAUCGGUUCUUUCCCCCUGUCUUUCUUUGCUUAAAGUGUACAGUGCUCCUGAUGAGUGAAAUAUCAUUCUGCAGUUUUGAUAGGUUGAGUGCUAGCUGAUGCUCUCAGCACAAAACUGCUGCUAGGCCUAACGUCCAUUUUAAAGGGAAACUAGACACCCAGACAACUUCAGCUAAUUGAAGUGGUCUGGAUGCAGUGGCCCUUUUGCACUUAGUGCUGCAAUGUAAUGCAGCUCUAAGUCUGCACUCUGUGGCUGUCUGACAGCCACUAGACGGCUUCCAGAAUCUAAACGGACUUUUGGUCCGUCAUCCGACGCUGGAUGUCCUCACGGACCGCCAGCGCCAGAUUUUCCCUGUAGGAAAGAAUUGAAUAAUUCCUAUGGGAAGAUCUAAUGUGAGUGCGGCCAUUGCUGCACAUGCACACUGGGUCUCCCCUGCAGGCUGACAUCGGUGAGGGAGGGGCGUGGGCGGAGCCUGGCCUUGCGUCAAGGGAUAUCUGUGCUGGAUUCAAGUAAGUGGCUGAUAUAAAGGAUAGUAUCUCGUAGCACCCAUUCCUUGUGUGCAUCCCUACCUUGUCAAUUACAUGUUUACCUGUGUGUAUUAAGUAUAUGUAUUGCUUGAAGGAGUUUGUGCAUGUCCUCUUUCCAGUAAAUAAUGUGCUCCAACCUGGUUACCAUGAUUUAAAACAGUUGAUUACUUGACAGCUUUUGGAAAAAAUGUCAGGCUUAUUCUUAUUUUAAGAAUUUCAGCAAUGACCCCAUAGUUGUCAGUUUGUCUGUAGUAAUGGUGAUAAUGGAAUGUGUGCCACUUCAAUCAUUUUUUUAGUAGAUUAAACUUUAGUGUUUAGGAACCAUGUUGCAUGCAUUAAAAGCAAAAAUAAACCCAUUCCCAUUAGUAUGGAAGCUUAAACAGGGAGUGCAGUGUAAUACAAAAAAGUCUUGUAAGAAAAACUAUAAAGUAAAACUGUAAAUUUACAUGCAUGGUCACUGCAAGUUAAUUGUUGGGGAGGAUUAACAGAAGAAAGGAAAAAAAAUCUCUAUUUUAAAAACACAUGGAAGGAUGUCAUAUCCAUUGUGGUCAAAAAGGAUUUCUAGUAGUAUUCAGAGUUCUUCAGACAGCCUAAUCUUGACUGUCCAAGCCAAAUUCCUCACUGCCCCAUCAGAAUGGGUUACAACUCACCUUAUUUUCAGCUCUCCACGGGUGUGCUGGCUCUGCCCCCUUUGACAUCAUCAAAAUUGGCGUUGGAUUGGAGGUAUCCCUAGGCUGUAAUGUAAACACUGCCUUUUCUGAAAAAAUGCCUGAAGGGAAUGAUUCUACCAGAACAAAUACAAAAAGCUGUAGUUCUGGUGACUAGAGUCCCUUUAAUAUAGAAUAUUUUUUAUAGAAGUAGAAACUAGUAUGUUCACAUGGGGGUGCAGCAUUACAAAAUAAGAAUGAGCAGGAAUGUUUUUUUUAACCUGAUUUUUUUUUUUUUUUUCUCAGUUGUGGAUAUUUCUGAAAAUGUUUGCUUGUUACCUCUCUUGUAAAUGUGAAAAUGAUGUAAACAUAGCAUCAGAAAGCCUUUCAAACCAAAAAAAACCUGCUGCAUUUUUAGUUUUUUUUUGUUUUUUUUUUGCAUUUCAUGCUCAACAAUUCAUAUUUUCCUUGUUUCAUAGACUGAAUCAAUUUUAGGAUCAUUUUGUCUUGAAAAUUUAAACAAACCUUCCAGGAUUGAAUUGAUCAUUUUGAUUACAUAAGCAAAAUUAAACUUUAAAUGUCUGCUAGAGAUCAAAGGAUAUGCAGCAUUUUCAGAUACUAGGAAGUACUGGUGUUUGAUUUCAAGGGGUUUUAACAAUGUACAUAGUUUCAUGUAGUGUAUAUAAAUCUAUCAUGAUUUACUUGAAACUUGCAUGUCAUACAGCAGUAUUGGCAGCUACGUAGUUUUCAUCACUAGUGUUGAGACAUGAGGCCCCAUCUAUGUCCUCCACAUAUUCUCACUAAGAUUACUAUUCAUGCAUGCCAUUCCACUUGUGCUGUGUGCUCAUGGUUUGUUGUGAAGGAGAGGUCUUCCCAAAAUGUUUGUAUAACAUGUAUAUAAUCUGUGCAACAUGUACCUAUUUUAAGCAAAUGUAAUCGGUGUAAAAUUCCCAAUUGUUAGAAGAUAAAAUAGUUGUCAUGAUGCACAUGGACUGUUGCCUCUUUAAAGGACCACUAUAGGCACCCAGACCACUUCAGCUUAAUGAAGUGGUCUGGGUGCCAGGUCCAGCUAGGGUUAGCCCAUUUUUUCAUCAACAUGUUUAUGAAUGGGUUAAGCCUUCCCCCAUUCCCUCUAGCGGCUGUCUCAUUGACAGCCGCUAGAGGUGCUUGCUUGCUUCUCAGUGAGAGCACACCAGCGUCCAUAGGAAAGCAUUAUGAAUGCUUUCCUAUGUGACCGGCUGAAUGCGCGCGCAGCUCUUGCCGCGCGUGCGCAUUCAGCCGACGGGGAGGAGGAUCGGAGGAGAGUGUUUUCCUGGCACUAUAGUGGUCCUUUAAAGAGAAUAACUUAAUCUAUUCAGUGUACUAGCGAAUGUUUAAUGUUAAAGCUAUACAUUAUGGAACUUUUCUGGCUUACUGCUAUGCCAUUGACUGCAAAGUUUGUUUAGAGUGCCCAUUUAAUCAUUACACAAAUAUGGAACUAGUUAAAUAGGCAAACUGAAUAGUGUUCUAUUAGUCAUCUUUCCUCAUUUAGCUACUGUUUAAGGAGUACUCCAUCAAACUCCCUAACAUGGGAGUUUCACGCCAGUAACUUUGCUUUCUUGUCUUUAGCCGGGCCAGUCAUCAUGUCUGUAGAAGAAAAAAUGGAGGCAGAUGCCCGUUCCAUAUAUGUAGGAAAUGUAAGUGUCCUCUAUGAAUACAUUUUUGCAGCCUGGCUUGACAUACUUGACAGGUAUGAACUAGAUUUUGAAGCGCAAUGGCAAGUGUUGGUUUCUCUGCCUCAUAAAGUUGUCUUUAUGCAGGUUGACUAUGGUGCGACUGCCGAAGAGUUAGAGGCUCAUUUCCAUGGAUGUGGCUCUGUGAACAGGGUGACCAUUCUGUGUGACAAGUAUACUGGUCAUCCAAAAGGGUAUGUUUCAUUUGGUAAUACGUGGGUCUGUGGUGAAUCAAUGUUGAUGUGAUUCUUUUAUUUAAACAAGGCUUAUUAGGGGUGCUUUUAAUACAAGCAAAAGCUCUGCCUUGGAAUAUGUGAAAUAUAAAAUACUGGUGCUGCAAAUACUAUCAAUGAAACAGUUGUGCUAAGAUUUCUUAACCAGGGCCUGGGGUCCAUAUUGCUAGAUUUCUCUCAAACUAGAUGUCCCCUCAUCGAUGAGACAAACUUUGAACACCAGUAAGGGCAAAGAAAGUCAUGUUCCAUCAAGCUGUUGGAAAUAAUAGCCCUGCUUUCAGAAUUUUUGUAAUGCUUAAAAUCCUAUUUGCCAAUUACAUUUAAAAAUGUGCUUAGUUGUAAUAGAUCUCAUCUUUUAUGGGUAAAGAGUCCCUGCAGAUGGUUGCCAAUCAUAGUAAGGAUUUGUAUAGACUUUUUAUUAUUUCUUUAUUUAGGUUUGCUUACAUAGAAUUCUCAGAUAAAGAAUCGGUCAGGACGUCAAUGGCAUUGGAUGAAUCACUGUUCAGAGGGAGACAAAUAAAGGUACAAUAAUGUAUUUGUCUUAAAUCACACUUGUGUAUUAUGCAGUAAUUCUGUAGGAAACAAUGUAUCUAAUUGAUACUUGAUAUGCAACAGCUAAUCUGUCAGUCUCACUGUCCUGGUUCUACCUAUGGUUUUAAUUUUGCCUUCUAACCUAGAAUGAUUUAUAAUUUUCUUUGUGUGACUUCUCCAUUGUUGUAAUUUGUAUUUGGUUAGAUUGCUUAAUAAAUCACUGCAGACUUGCCCUCUCACUUUAUGUAGCUAUGGAUAAGUCUGGUAGUGCAGCAUUCUCUUAUUUGACCUGUUAGCUACAGAGGGAUUGAAAUGUUUUGUCUUCUAUUUAUAGGUAGUUCCCAAGCGGACUAACAGACCAGGUAUCAGUUCAACAGACAGAGGCUAUCUACGGGCGAGAUAUAGAGCCAGGGCAUCCUCCUACAGCUCGCGUUCCCGCUUCUACAGUGGCUUCACUGCCAGACCCAGAGGACGCGUGUACAGGUCUGGGGAAUGCUCUCCAAUGGAUGGGGGCAGUGCAUUUUUGGGGUUGUCCUCUUGCCAGAGGGAGGUCUCGAGGUAUUGGCACAAUGUCUAAAACAUGUCUUGUCUUUUACAGGGGUCGGGCUCGAGUGACGUCAUGGUAUACUCCUUACUAA